AUGACGGCCUCCGUCCAGAACCGCCAGUUCACCCGUCUCGACGCCCCCAUAAACGGCCUCGUCCGCUCCUUCAACUUCUCGGAUCUCACUCCCCCGAAAACCACGGCAAACUUCGUCCAAAACGAUGACGCUUCUUACUUUUCUUCUUCCGACGACGACGACGAAAAUGACAACCCCCUCGGCGAGUACAUGGAUUUAAUCCGCAAGGGCAACAGCGAAUUAGAGCCGUCGAUCUUAGACCCCAGAGAUGAGGCCACGUCUGACAACUGGGUGCACCGAAACCCAUCCAUGGUCCGCCUCACCGGAAAACACCCCUUCAACUGCGAAGCCCCGUUGGCCCGCCUCAUGCACCACGGCUUCAUCACACCGGUGCCGCUCCACUACGUCCGCAACCACGGCGUGGUCCCCAAGGGCACUUGGCAGGACUGGACAGUGGAGGUCACCGGCCUGGUCCGCCGCCCUGCCCGGUUCACCAUGGAGCAGCUCGUCCGCGAGUUCAAGUCACGUGAGUUCCCCGUGACCCUGGUCUGCGCGGGAAACCGCCGGAAGGAGCAGAACAUGGUGAAGAAGACCAUCGGCUUCAACUGGGGCCCAGCCGGCGUCUCCAACUCGGUGUGGCGCGGCGUGCCGCUUUGCGACGUGCUCAAGCGGUGCGGGAUCUACGGGCGCAAGAGCGGGGCCCUCAGCGUGUGCUUCGAGGGAGCCGAGGACCUGCCAGGUGGCGGCGGCAGCAAGUACGGCACGAGCGUGAAGAAAGAGGUGGCGAUGGACCCGUCGAGGGAUAUAAUUCUGGCAUACAUGCAGAAUGGCGAGCAGCUGAUGCCGGAUCACGGGUUUCCGGUUCGGGUCAUCAUACCCGGGUUCAUCGGCGGCCGGAUGGUGAAGUGGCUGAAACGCAUCAUCGUAACGACGCGGGAAUCGGAUAAUUAUUAUCAUUACAAGGACAACAGGGUGCUGCCGUCGCAUGUCAAUGCGGAGCUUGCUAACGCUGAAGCGUGGUGGUACAAGCCGGAGUAUAUAAUUAACGAGCUGAAUAUAAACUCGGUCAUAACGACGCCGUGUCAUGAGGAGAUUCUGCCGAUAAACUCGUGGACCAGUCAGAGGCCGUAUACCAUGAAAGGCUACGCAUACUCAGGGGGCGGGAAGAAAGUGACACGAGUAGAGGUGACAAUGGACGGAGGGGACACGUGGCAAGUGUGCACACUAGACCACCAGGAAAAACCAAACAAGUAUGGAAAGUACUGGUGCUGGUGCUUUUGGUCACUGGAGGUGGAGGUCCUCAGCCUGCUUGUAGCCAAAGAGAUUGCGGUGAGGGCUUGGGACGAGACCCAAAACACCCAGCCUGAGAAACUCAUUUGGAAUGUCAUGGGAAUGAUGAACAAUUGUUGGUUUCGAGUUAGAAGCAAUGUGUGUAAGCGACACAAAGGAGAGAUUGGGAUCGUGUUCGAGCACCCAACUCAACCCGGAAACCAAUCGGGUGGUUGGAUGGCCAAAGAAAAACACUUGGAUUCUGAAUCCAACACAACCCUCAAGAAGAGUGUCUCCACACCUUUCAUGAACACCACUUCAUCCAAAACCUACUCACUGUCCGAAGUCGAGAAGCAUAACUCUCCUCAGUCCGCUUGGAUCAUCAUUCACGGCCACAUCUAUGACUGCACUCGCUUCCUCCAUGACCAUCCUGGUGGCGCUGACAGCAUCCUCAUCAACGCAGGAACAGAUUGCACCGAAGAGUUUGAUGCCAUCCACUCGGACAAGGCCAAGAAAAUGCUUGAGGAGUAUAGAAUAGGCGAGUUGGUAACCACAAAUUACGCUCCCGACUCCACAUCCAAUUCCCCUAACAUAUCUGUGCAUGGGCCACAUAGAACAUCAUCAGAAGAUAUUUCAUUUCUCGUAACCCCAUUAGCCCCGAUCAAAGAAAUCACGCCGGUUAGAAGCGUCGCGCUUACUCCACGCGAGAAGAUCCCAUGCAAGCUUGUGGCCAAGACAUCCAUUUCUCAUGACGUGAGGCUCUUCAGGUUUGCGUUGCCUUCAGAAGACCAAGUUCUGGGAUUGCCGGUAGGCAAGCACAUUUUUGUGUGUGCCACAAUUGAGGGCAAGCUUUGCAUGCGGGCUUACACACCAAGUAGCUCAAUUGAUGAAGUUGGCUACUUUGAUUUGGUGGUCAAGAUUUACUUCAAAAAUGUGCACCCUAAAUUCCCCAAUGGGGGGCUCAUGUCACAGCACUUGGACUCUCUUCCAAUAGGUGCAGCCAUAGACAUAAAGGGUCCUCUAGGGCACAUAGAGUACACUGGCCGUGGUCACUUUUUGGUCAACGGAAAGCCCAAGUUUGCAAAGAAGCUUGCCAUGCUGGCAGGUGGGACCGGGAUCACGCCCAUUUACCAAGUGGCUCAAGCCAUAUUGAAGGACCCAGAAGACGAGACUGAAAUGUAUGUGGUCUAUGCGAACCGUACAGAAGACGACAUUUUGCUGAGAGAAGAGCUUGAUGGUUGGGCUAAGAAGUAUGAGAGGUUCAAGGUUUGGUAUGUGGUGGAGAAUGGCAGGGAAGGGUGGGAGUACAGCGUGGGCUUCAUCACCGAUACUAUAAUGAGGGAGCACCUUCCAGAUGGAUCGGACGGUUCUCUUGCAUUGGCCUGUGGGCCCCCACCGAUGAUAAAGUUUGCUGUGCAGCCCAAUUUGUUGAAGAUGAACUAUGAUACCACAGAUUCGUUGCUGGUGUUUUGA